UUUAGUCUUGAUGAAUUGUUGAUCUCACCAGUGUUGUUUGUAAUGAUCAAAUAAUCGUUGUUUUAUUACAGUAUACUAUAUUGAUAACUGAUACUGUUGCCACUGUUGCUACAGGUGUUAUUAACAAGAAUGCAUCAAUACACUCCAGGCCCAUUGUUUGUAUAACACCUUUAUGACGCUGAUUGGUGACACGCGUAUUGGUUAGUGUAUUGCAUACGAAUACGAAUAUACAUACAUACUAAGUGUUGUCUAACUUUGUGUAUUGGACGAAGAUUAUAAGCUGAACGUUUUGAUUUAGCUUUACUUUUCGGGUCUGAACUGGUCUUAUAAAAACGUGUCUUUGUCUAUUACAGGCGUCUGAUGUUAGCCCUGACCAUCUCCAUGCAGUUUGUGUUCGGGAAAAAACUAUGAUGCCACCAAACUUACAACAUCAAGAAUCAUUUGACAGAUCACAACUAAGUGUCGACUUUACAGCACUUGCCAUUCUUGAGUCUUGCCAGGAUGAUGUCCAGAAUGAUCACCAUCCAAUUCUUACCAGGGGUGAUGGCAAUUGCUUAUUUAAUGCACUGUCAAUUAGUGUCUGUGGUAGUGAGCGUUUAACUGAAGAAAUCCGUGUGCGCACAUGUGUAGAAAUGGUGUUGAACAAAGAGUAUUAUAAUGCUCAGGAAUAUGCAAAAGACUUUUUCUUCGUGUCCGAAUCGUAUGACGACAGCUGUCGUCAGUGUGCUGCCCCUGGUCGUUGGACAAGUCCUUGGAUAAUACAGGCAGCAUCAGAUGCCUUGUGUAGAGAUAUAUAUUCCGUAUAUCCAAAAAUGAAUGGUAAAUCUGACCAGACAGCAAAAAUCCUUACUCGGGUACAUUCAACAAGACACACUUCGUCCAGCCAUGGACCUGUAUCAAUCAUGUGGACCAAGAUGGGACCUCACUUUGGCAAGGCCUGGUUGCCAAAUCACUUUGUCCCAUUGAUAACAGUUAGUGAACACAUGGAAUCUAACAAUGAAAGUGCCACUCCCCUAAAAAAUGUAAAUGAUGUGAGUAGUUUUGAAGAAUAAGUGAAUUCAAAACAAAUGUCAACAUUGAAAGUCAGUCAAAUGUGGAUAGUUCAAGUAAUGUAUCAGAUGAAGGUGAAUCACAUCAGAAUGUAGCAAAUGAAAGUAAUGUAUCAAAUGAAGGUGAAUCACAUCAGAAUAUAUCACAUGAAAGUUAUGUAUCAAAUGAAGGUGAAUCACAUCAGAAUGUAUCACAUGAAAGUUAUGUAUCAAAUGAAGGUGAAUCACAUCAGAAUGUAUCACAUGAAAGUGAACCAAAUCAUAAUGUAUCAAAUGAAAGUGAAUUGCACAAUGGACCUUUUCAGACUCUGCCCAAUGGAAAGUUCAUUCCAGUACAUGACCUUAUGAACUUAAUUCAUGGAGAUGCUCCAACUGUGCCAAAUGUUCCGCGUGGUAAGAAGAAUAACGUGUUUGUGUUAGUUAAUGGGGAAGAGAACAUUAAGGCCAACUUGGCUGGUAAAAAGGCCAGUUAUUUUGAUGACUGUGGGGUAUGGAAUGGGGCUAAGUCAAGAACUUGCAAAACAAAAUUUCUUCUUGAGGAUUCUGGAAAUGGCUCGACAAAUAUGAAAUUUGUACAUGUGAAAGAAAAUGUAGUUAGUGUGGAAAAUCAAGUUAAGGGGAAAAUUGUGAAAACACAUAUGCAACCUCAACCUGAUUUGAACAAUGUAGUGACUUUACAUAGGUAUUAUACCGUCUUGAAAGGAAAUGAAGAAUAUAAGAAAAGAGUAAGUUGGUUCGAAAAUUUGCCAGAAUCACUUCAGGCUAGGCAGUACGUGUCUAUAAUUGAAUACCAGGGAGAAAAUGACACCCAAGUUAAAGCACAUGGUAAUUCCAAGAUUAAUGCUAAUCCAUACAAAAGGACACAUCCAGAAACAAUAAAACGUAUCAAAGAAGCAGUGAAAUAUGAAAAACCAGUUGAAGCAUACAAUAAAUUGACUAAAUUAGAUGAUUCAGAAACAUUCCCCAAAGACAUAAAACAAUGCCAAUAUUUCAAGGGAAAAUCCAAUCCAAAUAAAAGCAAAGCAAAGAAUGCAGCAGAUGAAAUUUUAAAUGUAAUCAGAGAACUGAACGGCCAUCAAUUUGUUAGUGAAAUCAUUCAUUCUAGAGACAGUGAACAGCCACUCAUUUUGUGUUGUAGCGAGGAACAAUUAGCUGAUCUAAGGUCCUUUUUGAAAAGUAAUGGAGGUGUUGUGGGUAUUGACAGGACUUUUCUUCUUGGGCGAUGCUAUGUGACAUUAUUAGUGUACAAAAGUUUGAAAGUUGUUCGCAAAGGAACUGGUGAGCCCCCUAUAAUGCUAGGACCAAUGAUGUUACAUUGGGAUGGCACGACUAAAACGUAUUACCGCUUCUUUUCGUUUCUUCGGGGAAUAUUAGAUCUUGACCUGCAAAGCAUUGAAAUGUUGAUUGGGACAGAUGAUGAGAAGGCUAUGACAAAUGCAAUAGACUCUGUCUUUCCUGAGGCUAAGCGCAGACUGUGCACUAAGCACAUAAAAGAUAAUCUUCUAAGGCAAAUGACUCACAAAAUUCCCAAAGAUGAGAAAGAAAGAAAUGAAAUUGUGAACGAAAUAUUUGGCCCAAAUGGUGUAGCAUGCGCAGAUACAAGUGCAAUGUUUGAUGAAAGAAAUGAAAAGCUAAAAACGUCAUUAAGGGAGAAGGGCCAUGAAGACUUUAUAGCAUAUUAUGAACGUUAUGUGCAGAGCAAAAUCGCGGAUUAUUGUGUAAAUGACCAGGAUCAAUUGUGGACAAACAACAACACCGAGUCAAUUAACAAUCGACUGAAAGUGGCAACAGACUGGAAGCCGAAAAAGACUGAUGAACUUGUCCAACACUUACAUGACACUGUAAGGGUUCAGCACGUAGAUGUCAAACGUGCGUUGUAUGGUACAGGCAAUUAUACUCUAAGUGCCAAAUACGCUAGGUUUAGGUUAGUUGAGGGGGUGUGGCGCUCUAAAAGUGAUAGCGAAAAAAAGACUUACCAGAUGAAAUUCCUGAAUGCGACGUCAAAAGUGGAAGUUCCAUCAAAAAUUGUCUCAUCAGAUGGCACUUACACCAUUGGAAAGACUCCGGCAGUGGCCAAAAAACCAGGACAGAAGACCCGUGCUAAGGCUACAAGAACAUUUACACCAAGAAAGUGAAGUGUGAAUAAUGACAAGAUACUGAAAUAAAAUAGAACAAUGAACGUAUUUCUAGUACUCAAUUAAAUAAAUAUUUCAGAUUCUUCAUUUCUGUGUCAUCUUAUACAGUUUCAAGAAUCAAUCUUGGUUUUCUUUUAUAGUAAUACUUUUAUAUCCUAUUGCUAUUUUAUUGUUUUAAUUUUGUAUGUGUUGAUAAAUAUAUGAUGCAUUGAAUUUUAUUAUUAAAAGUGAUAAAUAUUUCCAGUUUUGUUCAUAAAAUCAGGGUUCAUUUUACUCCAAAGUGAUGAGCUUAAUAGUUGUUGCUUGUAUAGCAAUAGAAUUAAUUAGAACAAUGGACUUAUUUCUUUCACUUAAAUACGUACAUAUUUUAGAUUCUGUCUGUUUAUCAUUCAUUUCUGAAUUUUAUAUCCUAUUGCUAUUGUAUUGUUUUAAUGUUGUUUGUGUUGAUACAUAUAUGAUGCAUUGAAUUUUAUUAUUAAAAGUGAUAAAUAUUUCAAGUUUUGUUAAUAAAAUCAGGGUUCAUUUUACUCCAAAGUAAUGAGCUAAAUAGUUGUUGUGUUGUAUACCAAUAUAAUAAAAUGGAACAAUGGACUUAUUUCUUCACUUAAUUAAGUAAUUAUUUCUGAUUAUUAUAUCCUAUUGCUAUUUUAUUGUUUUAAUUUUGUAUGUGUUUAUACAUAUAUGAUGCAUUGAAUUUUAUUAUUAAAAGUGAUAAAUAUUUCCAGUUUUGUCCGUAAAAUCAGGGUUCAUUUUACUCCAAAGUGAUAAGCUAAAUAGUUGUUGUGUUGUAUAGCAUCUUUUUGCAGGCUAGAAUUCUUAAAUACCUCCUUAGUGGUCAUUUGGACCUCCUUAGUGGUUCUUUAGAGGUCCUUAGUGGUACUUAGCGGUCCUUAGUGGUCCUUAGCGGUCCUUAGCGGUCCUUAGUGGUCCUUAGUGGUAUUUAGUA